AUAAUAUAGAUUUAAAGAAACAUUACAGAACUCACACUAAAGGGCAACCAUUUCAGUGCAGGGAAGAUGAAAAAAGUUGCAAUCCAACUUUCAAACUUUCUUUACGUGAGAGAGUAAAGAUGGGAGAGAAACCAUAUACAUGCGUGGAAUGUGGAAAAAGCUUCAGCAAAAGCAGUUCCCUUGUUUCCCGUAAAAGGAUCCACACAGGGGAGAAGCCCUAUAAAUGCAUGGAGUGUGGGAAGAACUUCCGUGAAAAUGGGGCCCUUACUACUCAUAGAAGAAUCCACUCAGGAGAGAAACCGUAUCAUUGUGAGGAAUGUGGGAAAAUAUUCCGAAAAAGGAGUUUCCUUGCUUCCCAUAAAAGGAUCCACACAGGAGAGAAACCAUAUCAAUGCCCGGACUGUGGAAAGAACUUCAUGUGGUACACUCAGCUUUCUUGCCAUAAAAAUAUUCACACAGGGGAGAAGCCAUAUCAAUGCCCAGAAUGUGGGAAGAGCUUCAGCAGCACAGGUUACCUUACUUCCCACAAAAGGAUCCAUUCAGGGGAGAAACCAUAUCAAUGCAAGGAGUGUGGGAAGACCUUCACGUGUAAUAGUCAGCUUACUUCCCAUAAAAGUAGCCACACAGGUGACAAACCCUAUGAAUGCCUGGACUGUGGAAAGAGCUUCACUUGGAGCAGUCAGCUUACUUCCCACAAAAGGAUCCAUUCAGGCACAAAACCAUAUAAAUGUUUGGAAUGCGGGAAGCGUUUCACAUAUAACAGUUACCUUACUUCCCAUAAAAAAUGUCCACAUAGCAGAGAAGCCAUAUAAGUGCAUGGAGUGCGGAAAGAGGUUCAGUAGCAGUAGGCAGAUUACUUCCCAUACCAGUAUCCACACAGGGGGGAAACCAUAUAAAUGUAUGGAGUGUGGAAAAAAAUUCAGCAACAGCAGUUCCCUUUCUUUUCAUAAAAGGAUCCGCACAGGGGAGAAACCAUACAAAUGCUCGGAGUGUGGAAAGAGCUUCCGUGAAAAUGGGACCCUUACUUCCCACAAAAGGAUUCACACGGGGGAGAAACCGUAUGCAUGUCCUGAGUGUGGAAAGAGCUUCAGCAGUAGCAGUUACUUUACUGCCCAUAAAAAGAUUCAUUCUGUAAGGGGUACAGAGGAAAAGGAGAAUUAAAACAAGUCAAGUCUUCUGAUAUCACAAGCAAUCAAGCAUGACCAGAGGAAAAAGACAUAAGGAAUUCAGCUGGAACCAAAAUAAAAGACUAAUGUGGUACAAAAAUCCUCCAGCUCAAUAUGCUGCAGUCCCGGAGUUCUUCUUGACCGACAGGAAUUCAGAAGAAAGGAACA